AUGCCUGCUCUACUGGAAGACCCCUCCACCCGCAUCCCACCACCCGCAGCACACACAAGCGCCGCAUCAACACUCACCCCGCGCCAAACAACUCUCCCCAAAUCAGGAAAUGCCGGCGUGACUUUGUAUCCCAUUACCAAGGGAUCUGGCAGUCUUCCCGCGGACCUGAGCGCGUUUUUGCACGCUGAGUUCAGUGCCGAGAUUGAGCGCGGUGCGACGUAUCCAAUGGAACAGGCCAUGGCCCUGGAUCAGUUCCGGGACUAUUGGUUUGGGACCUUUGCAGUCGUGGCGGUGCUGGAUGAGGAGGGGGCUGCUGUUGGGGAUGGGUUGAGAGAGGGCAGGGAGUGGAAGGAUGUUUGUUUGGGGACGUUUUAUAUUAAGCCGAAUUAUCCUGGCCGCUGCUCGCAUAUCUGCAAUGCUGGAUUCAUCACUACCAACGCAGCUCGCGGCAAGGGUGUUGGACAAGUCAUGGGCGAAACAUAUCUCGAAUUCGCCCCUCAAUUGGGAUACACGUACUCCGUCUUUAACCUGGUUUUCGCUAACAACCCAGCCUCCAUCCGCAUCUGGGAGAAGCUUGGGUUCAGCGUGAUUGGACGCGUGCCCAAGGCUGCACGCCUGGCUAACAGUGAAGAGCUGGUCGAUGCAUUGAUCUUUGGAAGGGAACUUGGAAACUGA